ACGUGUCUCUAUGUUUAACACUAUGAAUACCAUUAGGUUAUCUUUGCGGUGGCAGCUAGCUGCUUUGACUUUUGUUCUGUACUCUAAAUCUUCUCGACUGGCCAACCAUGGUGACGGAGUGUCCAAUAAAGGCAGCUGAAUUUGAUAAGACUCAUAAGGCUCCCAGAGGGGGCAGGAAUCAUGCUGGAGCCAAGGAACUGGCUGGAGGCUACACUAAAGAAAAGAGAUGUUUUGAGAUCACAUGUAUCAGUUUUGUGGGAACCCAGACUUGUAUCGUACUCUACCUCCUGAUCAAGAACUUUCAACCUGUCAACAUUCCUCAAAUGAUUGUCGGAAUAUUUCUGGGCAUCAUUACGGCUGAUUUCCUUUCUGGCCUGGUGCACUGGGCAUGUGACAGCUAUGGGAGCGUGAAAAUGCCUGUCUUUGGAAAGGCUUUCAUACGGCCCUUCAGAGAGCACCAUGUUGACCCUCUGGCCAUUACUCGUCACGAUUUUGUCGAAACAAACGGAGACAACUGUCUGUGUGCGAUAUUCCCGCUUCUUCUUGUCAUUAUCGCUGUCCCCCUACAAACACAAGAUCAAAUCUCCUUUUGGUUCCCUGUCUACCUCUACUUGAUAGCAUUGGCAUUUUUCGUGACUUUUACGAACCAGAUUCAUAAGUGGUCUCACACAUAUUCGGGCCUACCUUGGAUUGUUGAGAAGCUUCAAGACUGGCGGAUCAUUCUCCCAAAGAGACACCACAGAUAUCACCACGUUGCACCACAUGAGGUGUAUUUCUGCAUUACCACUGGCUGGUGUGACCAUCCGCUGGAACUGAUGAGAUUCUGGACUAUGGUUGAGUGGACUAUUUACAAGUUAACUGGCUUCAGAGCAAGAGAAGAUGAUUUAAAGUGGACGAACAAAAAAUAAUUUAUCUAUUUAUUAUUGCACAUGCAUGCAUUUCAUUUUACCAAACCUUCGUUUUACCACACACCACAAUGUAGCAUUUUUCACUCCUACUAUUUAUUAUUUACACUCAAGUUGACAUGAUAAUUACUAAAACAUAA